AUGUUUAACUCAGGAAAUUAUUUCCCGCCGCCUUCAAAUUUUACUAAGAACCAUCCAACAAACACGCUAAAAUCAGUGCUGCCAACUCAACCAGUUGAUAAGAUGGAAGAAACUACUACACAAGUCCGAAGAACGAGAACUGCCUUUACAAAUGUUCAACUAAUGGAGUUGGAAAAGGAAUUUGAAAAAUGUAUUUAUCUUCAUCGAUCACGAAGAAUUGAUAUUUCCCAACGGCUAAGUCUGAACGAAACCCAUGUUAAGGUCUGGUUCCAGAAUAGAAGAAUGAAGAUCAAAAGAGCUCCGAUCAUAGCUAAUGGAAAUAAAGUAACGAAAUCCUUCCGUGAAGAUCAUAAGAUCAUGAGAAGAUUGAUGUCUUCCAAGUCAAUGACAAAAAGUACCAAUACCAGCUUGUUAACAGAAGAUAUUCCAAAAGAGAAUGUGAUUCCGAAAAAGCCUAUCGCACCUCCUCGUCCUGCUAAGAUGCCAAUAUCUUCAAUGCCUAGUCCAACAGUUCAAUAUCAACAAUUUCCACCGAUUCCUUCGACAGUAAAUCAUACGAAACCAUUGAUAGAACUGUAUCAAAUUAUACCAACACCUGCAUCAGCAUUCCAUCAAUAUCAAGUACCACCUCCACAAUUGUUCGAAGAUCCACAACUACAAUUUUACGAAAACAGCCUAAAUUUACCAGCAACUCAGGUGUUCUUUCAGCCAAAUCAUCAAUAUCAAUCACAGCAAUAUUGGAAUCAAUAUCAAUUCCAUCAAACGAAUCAGGAACAGCUUCAACAAUAUCAGCAGCAAUUUCAACAAUAUUAUCAAUCUCCGCCAGUACAAAAUCAGCAAGUUCAAUUUCAACAGCUUGCGUCUUCUAGAACUUUAUUGGAGAAUUCGGAAGUAUCAACAAAUUUUGACACGAACAUUUACAAAGAUGUUCAUAAACCAGAUGAACUUAUAAGUGCAGAAACAUUAGAUUUAAGUGAGUUUCUUAAAUUUAAUAAACCUCAGGAGAAAAUGGAGACAAUACAAAUAAAGGAGGAACCAAAAGAUGAACUCUUUGAUAUAUUAGAAGAAAUAUACAAAAGCGGACUUCAAGAUGAACGACAACAACUAUCAACAGUGAGUUUGAGUGAAAGUAUUAAUAGCUUUGAAGCUAUUAGCAAUAACUUUUCAAUAAGUGAAAACAAAAGUGAUAACAAAAGUGAAAACAACUUGAAAAUUGAAUACGAAGAUAUCAGUUUUGACGAAGAAAUCUCUGAUCCACAAACUUCUAUAAACAACUUAUCUUUCGAUCAAGUUCAUCAAAACAUAAGUGAUUUUGUGUAA